AUGAAGCUGAAGAAGCAGGUGACCGUGUGUGGGGCUGCUAUCUUCUGCGUGGCGGUCUUCUCGCUCUACCUCAUGCUGGACCGCGUGCAGCACGAUCCUGCCCGGCAUCACGGUGGUGGGAACUUCCCCCGGAGCCAAAUCUCGGUGCUGCAGAACCGCAUCCAGCAGCUGGAGCAGCUACUGGAGGAGAACCACGAGAUCAUCAGCCACAUCAAGGACUCGGUGCUGGAGCUGACAGCCAACGCCGAGGGACCACCCGCCCUGCUACCCUACUACACGGCCAAUGGCUCCUGGGUGCUGCCGCCGGAGCCCCGGCCCAGUUUCUUUUCUGUCUCCCCCCAGGAUUGCCAGUUUGCUCUGAGGGGCCGGGGCCAGAAGCCAGAGCUGCAGAUGCUCACUGUGUCAGAGAUGUUGCCAUUUGACAACGUGGAUGGCGGGGUGUGGAAGCAAGGCUUCGACAUCUCCUACAGCCCACAUGACUGGGACACUGAAGACCUGCAGGUGUUUGUGGUACCCCACUCACACAAUGACCCAGGCUGGGUCAAGACCUUCGACAAGUACUACAUGGAGCAGACGCAGCACAUCCUCAACAGCAUGGUGUCCAAGCUGCAGGAGGACCCCCGGCGGCGCUUCCUCUGGGCCGAGGUCUCCUUCUUUGCCAAGUGGUGGGACAACAUCAGUGCCCAAAAGAAGGCAGCGGUCCGGAGGCUGGUGGGGAACGGGCAGCUGGAGAUUGUCACGGGCGGCUGGGUUAUGCCGGAUGAGGCCAACUCCCACUACUUUGCACUGAUUGACCAGCUCAUCGAAGGCCACCAGUGGCUGGAGAGAAACCUGGGUGCAGUGCCACGCUCUGGCUGGGCAGUGGACCCCUUCGGCUACAGCUCCACCAUGCCCUACCUGCUGCGCCGCGCCAACCUGACCAGCAUGCUCAUUCAGAGGGUGCACUACGCCAUCAAGAAGCACUUCGCUGCCACCCACAGCCUGGAGUUCAUGUGGAGGCAGAUGUGGGACUCCGACUCCAGCACAGACAUCUUCUGCCACAUGAUGCCCUUCUACAGCUAUGAUAUCCCCCACACCUGCGGCCCGGACCCCAAGAUCUGCUGCCAGUUCGAUUUCAAACGCCUGCCUGGUGGGCGCAUCAACUGCCCCUGGAAGGUGCCGCCCCGGGCCAUCACCGAGGCCAACGUGGCUGAGAGGGCUGCCGUGCUCUUGGAUCAGUAUCGCAAGAAGUCCCAAUUAUUCCGGAGCAAUGUUCUUCUGGUGCCGCUGGGUGAUGACUUCCGGUAUGACAAGCCCCAGGAAUGGGAUGCCCAGUUCUUCAACUAUCAGCGGCUCUUUGACUUCCUCAACAGCAAGCCGGACCUCCACGUUCAGGCCCAGUUUGGCACGCUCUCGGACUACUUUGAUGCACUGUACAAGAGGAGUGGGGUGGAGCCUGGGGCCCGGCCCCCAGGCUUUCCUGUGCUGAGUGGAGAUUUCUUCACCUACGCUGACCGGGAGGACCAUUACUGGACUGGCUAUUUCACUUCCCGGCCAUUCUACAAGAGCCUGGACCGUGUUUUAGAAGCCCACCUACGGGGGGCGGAAAUCAUGUACAGCCUGGCCGUGGCUCACGCCCGCCGCGCCGGCCUGGCCACCCAGUACCCGCUAACGGACUUUGCCCUCCUGGCGGAAGCCCGGCGCGCCUUGGGGCUCUUCCAGCACCACGAUGCCAUCACCGGCACUGCCAAGGAGGCAGUCGUUGUGGACUACGGCGUCAGGCUCCUGCGCUCCCUGGUUGGUCUCAAGCGGGUCCUCAUCAAUGCUGCUCACUACUUGGUGCUGGGCGAUAAGAGCACUUACCACUUUGACCCUGAGGUGCCCUUUCUUCAAGCGGAUGACACCCGCGUGAAUCACGAUGCCCUGCCCGAGCGCACGGUGAUCCCACUGGACACCUCGCCCAGAUUUGUGGUACUCUUCAACCCAUUGGAACACGAGCGGCUCAGUGUGGUGUCCUUGCUGGUCAACUCACCACGGGUGCGCGUCUUCUCUGAGGAAGGCCAGCCCCUGGCUGUGCAGAUCAGCCCCCACUGGAGCUCUGCCACGGACAUGGUGCCUGAUGUCUACCAGGUGUCUCUGCCUGUCCGCUUGCCAGCGCUGGGCCUGGGUGUGCUACAGCUACAGCAGGGCCUGGACAGGCUCCGCACACUGCCCUCGUCUGUGCGUGUCUACCUGCAAGGCCGACGGCUGACUGUCAGCAGGCAUGAGGCAUUCCCCGUGCGUGUCAUUGACACAGGUGCCAGCGACUUCGCCCUCAGCACCCACUAUAUGCAGGUCUGGUUCUCAGGCCUGACCGGACUCCUCAAGAGUAUCCGAAGGGUGGAUGAGGAGCAGGAGCACCGAGUGGAUAUGCAGUUCCUUAUCUAUGGCACCCGAACUUCCAAAGAUAAGAGCGGCGCCUACCUCUUCCUGCCUGACGGCGACGCCCAGCCCUACAUCCCCAAGGAGCCCCCUGUGGUGCGGGUCACGGAAGGCCCCUUCUUCUCUGAGGUGGUGGCCUACUAUGAGCACAUGCAUCAGGUGGUGCGGCUUUACAAUGUGCCAGGGGUGGAGGGGCUGUCCCUGGACAUGGCAUCCCUGGUGGAUAUCCGGGACUAUGUCAACAAGGAGCUGGCCCUGCGCCUCCACACGGACGUGGACAGCCAGGGCACCUUCUUCACAGAUCUCAACGGCUUUCAGGUGCAGCCCCGGCGGUACCUGAAGAAGUUACCCCUGCAGGCCAACUUCUAUCCCAUGCCUGUCAUGGCCUAUAUCCAGGACCCACAGGAGCGCCUUACACUGCACACUGCCCAGGCUCUGGGUGUCUCCAGCCUUGGAAACGGCCAGCUGGAGGUGAUUUUGGACCGGCGGCUCAUGCAAGAUGACAACCGGGGCCUUGGCCAGGGGCUCAAGGACAACAAGAGGACCUGGAACCAUUUCCGCCUCCUGCUGGAACGGCGCACUGCAGCCCCAAGUCCAAGUGAGGUGAGACCUAAAGACUGGGACAGCUACCCGUCCCUGCUCAGCCACCUGACCUCCGUGCACCUGAAUACUCCCGUGCUAGCCCUGCCUGUGGUCAAGAGGCAGUCCCCAGAUCCUGGGCUGCGCCCCUUUCACCCUCUGGCUGUCUCAUUGCCUUGUGACUUCCACCUGCUCAACCUGCGCUCACUCCAGGCUGAGGUGAGUGCCUCUCACAGGACUCAUGCUCACUGCCCUCUGUGCUGUCACCAGGAGGACACCCUGCCCUCGCUGGACACAGCACUCAUCCUGCACCGCAAGGGCUUUGACUGUGGCCUUGAGGCCAAGAACCUGGGCUUCAACUGCAGCACAAGCCAAGGCAAGGUAGCAUUGGGGAGCCUCUUCCGGGGCCUGGAUGUGGGCUUCCUGCAGCCCACCUCCCUGACACUACUGUACCCACUGGCCUCGCCCUCCAACAGCACUGACAUCUAUAUGGAGCCCAUGGAGGUCGCCACCUUCCGUCUCCGCUUGGUGUAGGGCUCCCCAUGCCUGAAGACAGCUCGU